AUGGAGCGGUACGCAGGCCGCGUCGCCCUGGUGACGGGCGCCAACUCCGGCAUCGGCGCCGCCACCGCACGGGCGCUGCUCAGGAGGGGGCUCCAGGUCGUCGGCCUCGACAGGAGGAUCGACAGGGUCCAGGCUCCAGAACUGAAGGACGCUCCGGGUACGCUCUAUCCGUUGCAAUGUGACGUCAGCUGCGAGGAGAAUGUUCUACGCGCCUUCAAAUGGAUCAGAGAGAAUUUAGGAGGGGUCGAUGUUCUUAUCAACAGCGCCGGCGUUUGCAGAGAAAACCUUCCAACAACUGGACAGACAGCCGAGUGGCGGCACACACUGGACGUCAACGUCCUGGGGCUGUCCGUCUGCACGAGGGAGGCCGUCCAGAGCAUGCUCGACAGGGGGGUCGACGACGGCUUCGUCAUCCACAUAUGCAGUAUAGCUGGCCACAUCAUGCCAUUCGAUCCAUUGUGCUCGAUGUACCACGCCAGCAAGCAUGCUGUCAGGGCUCUGCUUGAAGGACUGAGGAAGGACCUGGUUGUCAGUAACAGCAAGAUACGGUGUGGGUUUUCUGAACAAGGAAAAGUUAACUUCCAGGAAAAUGGACCACAGAAAGUACCAAACUUAGAUGAAUUUAGAAGUGGCUGCAAACACCAUGACAUCCUCAUUGCAGACAGUCAGCUCCAUUAA